AUGAGCAUCAUCCAGCUGAUAACCAGGGUGGCUCGUGCUGCUACUACCAGGCUUCCUCCGGUGUCAUGGCUCUCUCUUCACCACUCAUGUCUGCCAGCCACUCUGCCUUGUGAACCCCUGGGCCCUGGCGUACCCACCGCUUCCUGCAUCGGUGGAAGGAAGGGGUCCGGCAGCAAGGCACCAAACCCUCUUUCGCUUCUAGGAGCAUACAGCGACGAGGAGGAGGAGGAGGAAGAGGAGGAGGAGGGGGAGGGGGAAAUAGCCGGGGAGAUGGAUGGCAUCAAAACGGAGGAGGGGGAUGCGAUGGAGAUGGAUGAUGAGGUGGCGUGCUUGUCUCCAGGUGGCGUGCUUGUCUCCAGGUGGCGUGCUUGUCUCCAGGUGGCGUGCUUGUCUCCAGGUGGUGUGUCCGCCUCAGAUGCCGUUAAUGUGGGAGGGGAAGGAGAGACCUCUCCUCCAGGUGGAGGGGAAGGAGAGACCUCUUCUCAACGCAACGCACAACUCUGUGCUCUUCUCCCCGUCUCUCCCCUUCCGCAUCCCCUCUUAUGUCUGAGCAAUAAGAGAGCGGCUUAUUGGACGAACAAGGAAGGAACGCAGGAGAGCAAUGAGUCUGUCUGUUCUCUUCCCCCCUUGCCCGCUUCUCCUUGUCUUGUGUAUCCCCGGUUGGCCUCUCAGAUGCUCGCGUUCAUGUCCGACCUCAAAGAGAGCGGCCUGCUGGACGAGCACGGGGGGAACGCACCUGAAGAGACGGAGCGUGAGAGAGGUAGCGUGGGAGAGGAGGAGAGUGCAGAGGGGGAUGUGCCGAAAGGGGAGGCUGGGAGCGGGAAGGAGGGUGUGGGGGGCAAGGAGGAGGGAGAUAUAAAAGAGGAGAAGACGAUAGAUGGUGAAGGGAGGUUGGAAGAGGAGGGAGAGGAAGGGCGAGGAGGGAGUGACGGGGCAGCAGAGGCAGAGAGCAAAGCUGACCGGCAGAGUGAUGCUUGGGAAAGCCGUGAGAAGGAGGGGAAGGAGAAGAGCGGGGAGGCGCAGAAGGGAGAGGGAGAGGAAAGCACCGGGGAGGCGGGCAAGCAAGGAGAGGAAAGCACCGGGGAGGCGGGCAAGCAAGGAGCGCAUGCUGUGCCUUCCCAUGCUGCCGCUGCUGCUGCUGCUGCUGCUGCUGCUGCUGCUGCUGCUGUGUGGCAGGCCGUGUUGGAGCCCGACAGUGGCGAGUACUACUACUGGAACACCGUCACUGGGGAAACCUCCUGGUCAGUUCCGGACGAGGUUGUGCAAAACGAGGGUGCUGGGGUUGCGGUGGGCACGUCAGAGGGCGGAGAGGGAGUGGGAGAGAAGGGGGGAAUGAUUGAGGGAGAUGAGGAGGUGGGGCGGUGUGAGGGCGAGAGGAGGGAGAGAGGGGAGGAGAAAGGGGAGGUGAGAGAGGAGGAGAAAGGGGAGGAGAGAGGGCAGGAGAGUGGGGAGGGUGGUGAACAGAGACAGGAGGGUGGUGAACAGAGACAGGAGGGUGGUGAACAGAGACAGGAGGGUGGUGAACAGAGACAGGAGGAAGCAGAUGAGGCGAUGGGACGUGCAGGGGAAGGAGACGGGGCUGAGAGGAGGGAGAGAGAAGGGGAGCGGGUGGAGCAAGAGGACAUGGCUAUGCGAGAGGAAGUGGGGAGGCAGGAGUGUGUGGAAGAGCAUGUGGGGAUGGACGAGGAGGGCAGUGACGGCUUGCGUGCACGUGAGGGCGUGGAGGCAGCUGUCCCUGCCGCUGCUGCUGUCCCUGUCUCUGUUCUUGAGGGCCCAAGGAAGCAGUCAGAGGGACAAGUAGCUGAGCGCCACCUGGCAAGAGGUGCUGCUGACGUGGCGAGCGCCGUUGCCAUGGCAGCAGUGCUCCAGUCCUUGCAGGAGCAGGUCGACUCAGCAGAGGCUGAGCUGGCAGCAACAGCUGCUGACGUGGUGGAUAAGAUGGGUGACGCUGCAUCCAGGCUGGAGUCCGUGCAGCAGCAGCUGGUAGCUGUCGAAUCCAGGCUUCUUGCUCCUUCCCCCACUUUCAACGCUUUACCCUCUCUCCCUUCCUUCCCACUGUCCCCAUCACUUUCCGCCUCCCUCACCGCCCUCUCCGCCUCUCUCACUCGCCUGCAGCUAGAGGCCUCCAUCCGCCUGUCAGACCUCUCUUCCCUCUCCCACCGUUUUGCACAGGCGUCUGCAGCAGCAGCUGUAGCGACAGCUGUAGCGCCCCCUACCACUGCAACUGCUGCCCCUACUGCCCCUGCAGCUGUAGCGCCAUUAUCCUCUGCUGGGUUGCCAGAACCUCCCGUGCUGCACCCGUGGCAGGACCUGCAGCAACGGCUUGUACAGGUGCAGAUACAGCAGGGGUUGCAGGCGGGGCUGCUGGUGGUUGUGCAGUACUGCUUGGAGCAGGUGGGGCGAGUGGAGGGAGAGAGUGAGGAGGUGCAGGGGAGAGUGGAGAGAGUGAGGGAGCAGUGGGAGGAGGAGAAGCAACGGCGGGAAGAGGAAGAAGAGAAGCAACGGCGGGAAGCGGAGGAAAAGCAACGGCGGGAGGAAGAGGAGGAAAGACAACGGCGGGAGGUAAAAGAGAAAAAGGAACGAUUGGAAGAGGAGGAGAGACGGGUGAGAGAAGAGGUGAGGCGGGGACGGGAGGAAAUGCAAAGGCAGGAAGAGGAGAAGGAAAGGAAUGAGCAGGUGAGGGGGGAGGUUGCAGAUAAGGUGAGAGAAAUGGGGAAUCAGGAGGAGCGGGGUGGGGUGGAGAGGAGUUCUGGUCCGACCUGGAAGGGUAUGGAGCAGUACUCAGCAUCAGAGAGUGGGGAGAUUUCUCCAGAGGGAGAGGAGGAGGAAGUGGAGGGAAGAGCAGGAAAGCGGGCGGUGAAGCAAAGCGGUGCUGGUGGGUUGGGUGGUGUUGGUGAUGACAAUGAUCUUGAGGCGACUAGAAAGAGUGGUGCUAAUGGACCCCUUCUCAUCUCCUCGCACCCUCUAGGAAUCCUUGCUACUCUCCUGUCGUUCCAAGAGGAACCCAAUCGAGCAACAAAGCCCAAGAGGAAAGCGGCAGUGGGAGGGGCACAUGCAACCAAGAAAGUGUCUUCGUUGGUGAACAAGUGGAAAGCAGCCAAGGAAGAACUAGACGAGGAGAGGAUGAGGCGCGAGCAGGAAGAGGAGGAGAGGGAGCGGGCGUUGUAUGACGGGGAGGUGAUUGGCAAGGAGCGGCAGAAGAAAAUCGAGGAGUGGAAGCAGCAGCAGCUGCAGACAGGCGAGGCAGAGGAGAACGCUAACUUCCAACCACUCGCAGUCGAUUGGAGAGAGCGAGUGAAGCGGGCGAGAGGGGCGAAUCAGGCCCAGGCAGACUCGCCGCUUUUGAACGGUGCUGGUGCUGCUACAGCCGCUGCAACACCUGCUGCUACAGCCGGUAGUGCAACUGGGGAUGAUGAACAGUCAAGACAGCAGGGAGGGGGACCGGCUGCAGUGGCAGCAGGAGCAGCAGCAGUGGCAGCAGCGACGGCAGCAGUAGCAGUGGGUGCUGGAGCGAAGAAGAAGCGCAAGGGGACGGAUUUAAAGGCUCUUUCUGCUGGGCUGCCAGCUGCUUGGCAGGCGUUUUUGGAUCCCCAAGGCCACGCCAUCGCGAUCGGCCGGACCGAUAGCGACAAACCGCCAUCGUCCGGGCGGCAUCACGCGCGCAGCUUCGCGCGGCCGCCGAGCCCAUCCGCUCCGCCAAUGGCGUUGCCCGCCAAGCCAUCGUGGAAGCGGCGGUGGGCGGCGGAGGCGCAUCUGCGCGGGCAUCGCGCGGAGGUGACGGCUCUCUGCCACCACGCUGCGUCCGGUCUCCUCCUCUCCGGGUGCGCCCCUCGCCCCCCACUCGCCCCCCACUCGCCCCCCACUCGCCCCCCACUCGCCCCCCACUCGCCCCCCACUCGCCCCCCACUCGCCCCCCACUCGCCCCCCACUCGCCCCCCACUCGCCCCCCACUCGCCCCCCACUCCCCCACCACUCGCCCCCCACUCGCCCCCCACUCGCCCCCCACUCGCCCCCCACUGUCCAACUCCCCUUCCAUUCGUCGUCACCCCGUUCGACCUGCUCCCUCACCUCACCUCUUACUCGCCCUCACAUUCCCCCCAUACUCCCCUCUCACUCCCUUUCUCUCCCCUCCCACUCAUCUCCGCUCCCUCUUCACCCCCGCCGUCCGCACUCCCCCCGACCGUGCGCGGUGCAACGGGGAGGGCGGCAGCGACAUGGAGGGCGACGCUACACGGGGGCCAUGCGGGCAUCAUCGCCAUGGACGCCGUGACGCCUGCCUCGGCUGCUCCCUCGCUCGCUCACUCCCUGCUCACGCAGGGCCGGGACGGUGUGGUGCGGUGCUGGGCGGUGGAGAGUGUCACCUCUGCGAGCAGCAGCAGCAGCAGCGUUGCAGCGCCCCCGUCACCGCUGUUCACCAUCCACACGAGCGCCUUCACCUUCUGCCGCAUGGCUCUGCCCUCGCUUGCCUCCCCUGCCACCCCCCACCCGCCACCACCACACCCGGCAGCAGCGCCAGCCUGUGACGGAGCAUGGCACCCGCACGCAGCACUGAGCAGUGCUGGCGCUGCGUGUGAGGCGAGUGGAGCAGGUGGUGGGGGGGCGCAGCACGGCCAGGACUGGGGGAGCGGGCGGGGGCCAGGGGGGGCACGCACGGGACUGUUGAGUGGCGCGCUUGGAGCCGUGGCGGCCGAGCCCGGCAGGGACGAAGGCGUGGCGCUAGACGAGGGGGGCACAGGCGAGGGCGAGCGACGAGGGGAGCACGUGGGGGCAGCAGCGAGUGGUGCACAAGUGCCUCCCGUCUUGGCAACUCCCUGCGACGAUAACUGCACUGUACACAUCUUCCCUCCGCCCCACUCCCUCUUCAUGCUCCUAUUCCCCCCUGCCUCCAAGCUCCUCUGCCCACGGCCCCCCCUUCCCCCACGGCCCCCCCUUCCCCCACGGCCCCCCCUUCCCCCACGGCCCCCCCUUCCCCCACGGCCCCCCCUUCCCCCACGCCCCCCCUUCCCCCACGCCCCCCCUUCCCCCACGCCCCCCCCUUCCUGUCCCCAUGCCUCCCCUGCGUCCAUCUGCCGGCCCCACAUCCUCCCCCCACGCCCCCCUCCCCUGUCCCCCACGCCCCCCUCACAUGCCCCCCGCCAUGCCCCCCCCAUGCCCCCUGCCAUGCCCCUCCCCCCGCCAUGCCCCCUGUCAUGCCCCUCCCAUGCCCCCCGCCAUGCCCCCAUGCAGGUGGCGCUGUGGGACCUGCGCCACCCCUCCACCCGCGCGCUCUCCAUCGGCUCGCCUCAAGGCUUUCCCCACGCCGCCCCCCACCCCCACUCCGCUGCUUCUGCCGGUGCGCUCCCUCCUUGCUGCAUCUCCUCGCAUGCUGCAUCUCCUCGCAUGCUGCAUCUCCUCGCAUGCUGCAUCUCCUCGUAUGCUGCAUCUCCUCGCAUGCUGCAUCUCCUCGCAUGCUGCAUCUCCUCGUAUGCUGCAUCUCCUCGCAUGCUGCAUCUCCUCGCAUGCUGCAUCUCCUCGCAUGCUGCAUCUCCUCGCAUGCUGCAUCUCCUCGCAUGCUGCAUCUCCUCGUAUGCUGCAUCUCCUCGCAUGCUGCAUCUCCUCGCAUGCUGCAUCUCCUCGUAUGCUGCAUCUCCUCGCAUGCUGCAUCUCCUCGCAUGCUGCAUCUCCUCGCAUGCUGCAUCUCCUCGCAUGCUGCAUCUCCUCGCAUGCUGCAUCUCCUCGUAUGCUGCAUCUCCUCGCAUGCUGCAUCUCCUCGCAUGCUGCAUCUCCUCGCAUGCUGCAUCUCCUCGCAUGCUGCAUCUCCUCGCAUGCUGCAUCUCCUCGCAUGCUGCAUCUCCUCGCAUGCUGCAUCUCCUCGCAUGCUGCAUCUCCUCGCAUGCUGCAUCUCCUCGCAUGCUGCAUCUCCUCGCAUGCUGCAUCUCCUCGCAUGCUGCAUCUCCUCGCAUGCUGCAUCUCCUCGCAUGCUGCAUCUCCUCGCAUGCUGCAUCUCCUCGCAUGCUGCAUCUCCUCGCAUGCUGCAUCUCCUCGCAUGCUGCAUCUCCUCGCAUGCUGCAUCUCCUCGCAUGCUGCAUCUCCUCGCAUGCUGCAUCUCCUCGCAUGCUGCAUCUCCUUCCUCUUCCCGGACCAUGA